UCUCGGAGCUGGUUGUGACAGCACGGCUAGACAGCUGUACUCGACAUAGGCAAGACUUGGCAAAAUAUACAAACUCAGAUACAAAAAAUAUUUAUUACUCCGGGCCAAAAUUUAUACAUUUAUGUAUUUACUGGUUUGGAUAUUAGUCUUAAAAGUCGUACUGUAAAUACAUUAAUACUUGUAGCAUUAAAAAAUAUACAAUCAACAAAGCUACUUCGUAACUCAAUUAUGAAAUUGCACAGUGCGUGGUGCAGACUUACUUCCGUUUUCAUUUGUUGUUGUUUACUGGUUCUCCUGACAAGAGUCUCACACACACAUCCCAUCGAAAAUUCUGAACAUGCUCUGAGGAACAUGCAGCAGAUCCCACAGUGGCACUGUCUCCGCUACAGGAGGUUCGACUUGGUCAAGAGGUGUCGCAACUACAGGGUGGCACAGAUUUCAGCCCAUCAUGAGCCUUCCGAAUCGCAUCACACACAACGUAUUACACCCGUGGCUGCAAGGCCCCUUAUCAAAGUACUUGCAGAAGUAUAGUGUCCUUCUGGGCACAAAAACCAGGUACUAAUUACAGUCUCUGAUGGCUGCAGCUGGUUGGGGAUUGAAGUGGAAAUACAAUACACUCUACUCGUCAGCACACUGCGCCUUCACAAGACAUAUAUGGAGGAGGAUGUAACGAUCUCAUGACAGUCAUUUCUUCAGUCAUCCUACUGACUGAAGAGACAUCAAUGUAGAAUUUUCCAACUAUGGGGCAAUAUAAUCUUCCAAUUAUGGAUUGAGAGUUUCAACAGAUCACAAAAGAUUCACAAAAAUAUAAAGUAAAUGCUAAUUAUUAUGACAGACCACCAUAAGAAUAAAUCGGUUUUAUUGUCCAUAAAGGCCAUUUUAAUUAAAGCUACAUUGUUCUGGAUGCACUGUUAAUGUAUUCACUGCCAAGACUGAAUAUUGACAUUACAGUCUCUCUUGAUUAUACGCUGAAACCCCCACUUAUGAUUUCUUUGGGGAGCAGCAGAAUUAUACACUAACUGAUAAGGAAGGAAAUUUUCCACUGAGAGACUUGGGUUCAUUGAACAUUAAAAUGAUGAACACUGAAUAAGGCAAAACCAUCAAUCAACGAAAAUUACAUGGGGGUUCCACUGUGUUCUGUGUUUACCACAUUACAUUCAUAGGUCAUGAUGUGUGGUUUGAGAAACCAAAAUAUAUAUUUCAGUUUCUUUAUUCUCAACUGAAAUGUGUUAGUCCGUAGAAUGAUGGCUGAUUUGCCCAUUGAAUUCAACUGGAAUUUAAACCUGUGGCAGUGGAUGUGUUAACAAGACACAAUUAUGUUGCAUUUGACGUUCUCACAAAGGUUACUAUGAAGAGUACAUCUUCUGGGAUGUGUCACCAUUAGUCCAGUGCAAGUUCACCAACAUUUCGGAGGCAUAUAUGGCCUACAGCUUCAGGGCCAAAGAGUAAGCCAAGCAAGUAGGCCUUACUACACAGCAUUACACCCCAGAAAACAGAACCCAUCAAGCCCCAGUUAAGUCAGUUAAGAAAACUUCUGGUCUCAUUGCCAUAGAUACGUCUUAUCGUAAAAGUAAAGGCUUCCCUGUAACAGGCCAUGGAAGCGGCCUCCGUAGUCUAGAGGUAACGUUCCCACCUCAUGACUCGUAGUAC